AUGGCGGCCGAUCGGCUUCACGUCGUGUUCGAUGACGAGCCACACAAUAAAAAAGAAGGUGCCUCGGGUGACAUCACUGGAGUCGGCUCAGUGUCCGGCAGGAGGCCGGCGCCACUGUCCAACGAGGCGAGGAGAGAGAUGGCGAAGCUCGCCCGGGCCGAGAAGGAGGAGCGGCGGGCGGCGCUGGACUCACGGCACCGGCACCUGAUCGCCAGGCUGCUGGACGGAGCGCCGCUGAUGGAGGCCGAGGUGGAGGACGCCAUCACCGCCCACGACCAGUUCCAUCUGGUUGAUGAUUUCUUCGCUGCCAACGGAUCCAGGAAGUUGAUCUUCUUCUAUCAGAAUGUGAAGCAGAACCCGUCCUCCAGCCACAGGAAGCUCUUCCUCACCACAGGAAGCUCUGAGCCUCUCCUGGGGAAGUGUCUGUUCUUCCUGAGAACCACCGACAAGGCCAUCACCACCGCCAACGUGCAGCAGGAGGUGAACUUCGGCAUGCUGGACUGCGGUGAGGGCGUCGGCCUCCUGGAGGGCCUGGAGACCCUGCUGGCCCAGGUGAUGGUGCCGGCCCUCCGGUCUCAGCAGGCGUGGGGCUCGGUUCAGGACGGCGCCUCCUGUCCAGACGUCCGGUCCUUCCUGUCCUCCGUGGAUCGGUUCGUCGCUCACCUGUCCUCGGCCAAAGGCGACGUGGAGGGAAAGUUCCAGCUGCGGCAGGUCGUUCUUCCCGAUGCCGUCGAGCAGCUGAGCAGCCCGGCGGACUACACGGCGGCAGCCAAUAACAGCGAGCUGGUGGAGUGCUUGGAGGGCGUGGCCUCUGAGUGGACCAAUCAGAUCAAGCAGGUGCUGACGGAGAGCGAGCAGAUGAGGAAGGAGGCCGAUGAUGUCGGGCCGUCAGCUGAGCUGGAGCACUGGAAGAGACGCAUGGUCACCUUCACCAGUGUGAUGGAGGAGUUGAAGCGUCCUCAGGUGAAAAGGACUCUGGGAGUUCUCCAGAUCACCAGAUCUCGAAUUCUACCAACCUGGAGAGAGCUGGACGGGGACAUCACUGUCGUGGCCAACGAGGCCAAAGACAACGUGAAGUUUCUCUCCACUCUGGACAAGUUCUUCGGGCCGCUGGGGAAAUGCAGUCCGACCAGUCUGCUGCAGCACAUUCCCAGUCUGAUGACCAGCAUCCGGAUGAUCCACACCGUGUCCCGGUACUACAACACCUCGGAGCGGAUGACCUCUCUGCUGCUCAAGGUCACCAACCAGAUGAUCGCCACCUGCAGGAGCUUCCUGUCGCAGGGCGCGGCUCGGGUCUGGGACCUGCACCGGGCCGUGCUGCUGCAGCGUGUCUCUGACUGCUGUCUCCUGAACGUUGAGUACCAGAAGAACUUCCAGAGCGUCAGAGACAAACUGAGAGAGAAUCCUGAGGAGAGACAGUUUGACUUCAGUGAGAACUCCAUCUUCGGCCGGUUUGAUGCGUUCUGCCUGCGUCUUCAGAAAGUUGCUGACGUGACGUCUUCUCUUCAGCGUCUGGAGGUUCUGCAGCACAUGAAGGUUGAAGGCUCCGAGAAGAUUUACGUCCGUUACCAGAACAUCGUGACGACGACCAGGUCCAGAACCUACGACGUGCUGGACCCCCGCCAGCUGGAGUUUGACGUUGACUAUGCAGACUUCCAGGUCCAGGUCCAGGGUCUGUUCCAGUCUCUUCAGGCUCUGCUGGACUUCUGGUUCCAUCAGUCAGUCUCUACGGAGCGGACGCUGCAGCUGCUGCAGGUGUUUGGAUCCGGCCCGGCGGGUCUGGACCUGAAGCGGUACUACCUGCUGCUGCUGCAGCGCUACGGCCGAGAGCUGGAGCUGCUGAGGAAGACCUACCAGAGGCGGCCGGUGGCGGGGCGCAUCCUGUGGUGUCGGCAGCUCUUCAGGAAGAUGGAAGGCCCCAUGUUGAUCCUGAAGAAGAGUCUGGACGGCCUGAAGGGACCGGAGAUGACCAAAGUGAUCCGGAGCUACAACAAGAUGGCCGCGGUGCUGCUGCACGACGAGCUGCUGCACCUGCGGGUCUGGAGCCGCGCUGCGCAGGACGCGCCGCGCCGCCUGAGCGCCGCGCUGCUGGUCCGCCAGGAGAACCGCCAGUCCUCCAGGCGGCGCGCCGGGCCCUGGCGGAUCUGGACCAGGUCUCCAAAGCGGCCUCCGACCUGCUGGAGUGUCGCAUUGGCCCUGCUGCGGACCACGGCGUCCUGCUGCCUGCUGGCGCUGCCGGAGGACGGGCCCGCCCCCCCGCACGACCUGCUGCUGCGGGCCCACGGCGCCGUGCCGGCCGCCGCCGCCGCUCUGAGCUGGCAGAGUCAGCAGGUAGAGAAGUAUGUGUUUGAGUUGAUUGAGGAGCUGAAGAGGAAGAUGAAGACGACAGAGACUGUUAACCUGGAGGGCUCCUUCCUGUGUCUCCAUCCAGACUCCAGGCAGAAGACUCGUUGUCAGUCUUGUCCUCCGUGUCUCUUCUACAACCUGAUUGGUCAACUGUGUCACCGCAACACGGAGGCCCUGGUCAAAGCCACCAGAUCCUCUCUUAACGCCCUGAGGAGGAGACUCCUCGUCCUCAAACACCAGCCGUCCUCAGCUCCUCCUCCUCCUCCUCCUCCUCCUCCUCUCUUGAGAGCCUCCAUCGAGCUCUCCAUCCCCAACAUCGUCCUGAGGCCGAGUCUAGAAGACAUGCAGAGUACCGUGAACAAGCUGGUGGGCGUGGUGUUGUCGGUGACUAAAGACGUCCCUCUGUGGACUUUCUCUCACCUGCAGUACAAGCAGCAGCAGGUGGAGCAGGCUGCGGUUCGGGAUUCAGGAGACGACGUCCCGGUGAAGCCGCCGGUGCUGAGGCCUCUCGACCGGCAGCUGGCUGAGCACAGAGACGUCUCCAAGUUGGUGAUCCAGCUCAGCUCCAUCGUGUCGUCUCUGAGAACUCAGGCUGCCGACACGCUGAACGAACUCAGUCACUUCUCUGCUCUGUGGAACCAGGACCCAGAGGAGCAGGUGCAGGCCUUCCUGCAGUCCGACCCUUCGUUGACGGAGUUCAGCUCUCAGAUCUCCUUCUACUCUAAGCUGGAGGUGCAGAUCUCGGAGCUGCCGGCGUGUUGCGCCGUGGGGCCGGUCGUCUUCGACACCGACCGGCUGCAGCUGGCGCUCGCUCAGGAAUGUCGCCUGUGGAAACGAGCCUUCGGCGCCGCGCUCCACCGCCGCGCGUCCACCGACACGGACGCCGUGUUCUGCUUCGUGGACGCGCUGACGAAGCGCCUGCAGCGGCCAAUCACAGACCUGGAGGACGUGAGAGAGGCCAUGGCCGCGCUGAGAGAGGUGCGGGAGGCGGAGCUUGGCCUGGAGGCCGCCAUCGGGCCGGUGGAGGAGUCCUUCACUCUGCUCAACAAGCACCAGCUGCUGUUCGGGGGCGGAGCCGCGGAGCGCGUGGACGGCCUGACCUACGCCUGGACCGGCCUCAGGGCCCUGGUGGUGCAGAACCAGAACACUCUGGUGAGGGUCCAGGCCCGCAUGAAGGCCGACCUGCUGUCUGCGGUGCAGAGCUUCCAGAGCCAAGUCCAGAGCUUCUGCUCCGACUACAACCAAAGGGGUCCGGGCGUGGAGGGCGUGGCUCCGGCUGAAGCCAGCGAGCGGCUGCAGAGCUUCCAGGCGGAGUUGGACCAGCUGUGGAGGAAAUACACCUCGUGCUCCGGAGGAGAGCAGCUGUUCGGACUGGCUGUCCACGAGUACCCGGAGCUGCAGAGGAUCCGGAGGGAUCUCUCUCUGACGGAGAAGCUCUACUCGCUCUACAACGCCGUCAUCGAGCGCGUGGCCGGCUACGACGACGUCCUGUGGGCCGACCUCGACCUCGAGAGGAUCAACGGCGAGCUGCAGGACUUCCAGAGCAGGAUCCGGAAGCUGCCCAAGGCGCUGAAGGAGUGGCAGGCCUUCCGGGACCUGAAGAAGACCAUCGAUGACUUCACGGAGACCUGCCCCCUGCUGGGCAUGAUGGCCGACAAGGUCAUGCUGCCCCGGCACUGGAGCCGCCUCAGCCAGCUGACGGCUCACCGCUUCCAGGUGGAGGAGGAGAGUUUCUCCCUCAGGAGCGUCUUGGAGGCGCCGCUGCUCCGACACAAGGAGGACAUCGAGGAUGUGUGUAUCAGCGCGCUGAAGGAGAGAGACAUCGAGGCCAAGCUGAAGGACGUAGUGGACGAGUGGAGUGGACAGACGCUCGCCUUCGCCUCCUUCAGGGCGCGAGGGGAACUGCUGCUGAGAGGAGCCGACACGGCCGAGAAGAUCUCCAUGAUGGAGGACAGUCUGAUGGUGCUGACCUCUCUGCUGAGCAACAGGUACAACGCCCCCUUCAGGCUCCUCAUCCAGCUGUGGGUCCAGAAGCUGUCCAACGCCUCCGAGCUGGUGGAGAAGUGGCUGUCGGUGCAGAACCUGUGGAUCUACCUGGAGGCCGUGUUUGUGGGCGGAGACAUCGCCAAGCAGCUGCCUCAGGAGGCCAAACGCUUCCAGAGCAUCGACAAGGCGUGGCAGCGCAUCAUGCAGCGAGCGCACGACGAGCCCAACGUGCUGCGCUGCUGCGUGGGCGACGAGGCGCUCAGCCAGCUGCUCCCCCACCUGUUGGAGCAGUUGGAGCUGUGUCAGAAGUCUCUGUCGGGCUACCUGGAGCAGAAGCGUUUGGUGUUCCCUCGGUUCUUCUUCGUGUCCGACCCGGCGCUGCUGGAGGUCUUGGGCCAGGCCUCGGACCCCCACACCAUCCAGGCUCACCUGCUCAGCCUGUUUGACAACCUGAACCGAGUGGUGUUCAACGAGAAGCUCCACGACCAGAUCACCAGCUUCCAGUCGCAGGAGGGAGAGACCGUGGAGCUGAGCCAGCCCGUCCUGGCCCAGGGCAACGUGGAGGCGUGGUUAGGACAGCUGCUAGCAGGCGUGAGGCAGACCCUCCACGCCAUCAUCCGCCAGGCUCACCUGGCCAUCGGCGAGCCCGGCCUGCAGCUCCUGGAGUUCCAGGCGGCGUUCCCGGCCCAGGUGGGCCUGCUGGGCCUCCAGAUGGUCUGGACCAGAGACGCGGAGCAGGCGCUGGUUCUCAGCAAGUCCGACAAGAAGAUCAUGCAGACGACCAAUCAGAAGUUCCUGGACCUCCUCAACGAGCUGAUCGACCGGACGACCGAGGAGCUGAGCCGGACCGAGCGGACGCAGUACGAGACGCUCAUCACCAUCCACGUCCACCAGAGGGACAUCUUCGACGAGCUGGUGCGUCUGAACGUGAGGUCUGCGUCAGACUUCGAGUGGCAGAAACAGUCCCGGUUCUACUUCCUGGAGGAGGCGGACCGCUGCGUGAUCCAGAUCACCGACGUGGAGUUCAGCUACUGCAACGAGUACCUGGGCUGCACGGACCGGCUGGUCAUCACGCCGCUGACCGACAGGUGCUACAUCACGCUGUCCCAGGCUCUGGGCAUGAGUAUGGGCGGAGCUCCAGCCGGGCCGGCAGGGACAGGUAAGACUGAGACCACUAAAGACAUGGGCCGCUGUCUGGGGAAGUACGUGGUGGUCUUCAACUGUUCGGACCAGAUGGACUACAGAGGACUGGGACGCAUCUACAAAGGUCUGGCCCAGUCCGGGUCCUGGGGUUGUUUUGACGAGUUCAACCGCAUCGAGCUGCCGGUUCUGUCCGUGGCGGCCCAGCAGAUCUACGUGGUGCUGCAGUGCAAGAGGAACAAGAAGACCCAGUUCGUCUUCACCGACGGAGACGUGGUGGACAUGGACCCGGAGUUCGGCAUCUUCAUCACCAUGAACCCUGGUUACGCCGGUCGUCAGGAGCUUCCCGAGAACCUGAAGAUUCAGUUCCGCACGGUGGCCAUGAUGGUGCCGGACCGGGCCAUCAUCAUGAGGGUCAAGCUGGCCAGCGCCGGCUUCAGAGACAACCAGGUCCUCAGCAGGAAGUUCUACACCCUGUACAAGCUGUGUGAGGAGCAGCUCUCCAAGCAGGUCCACUAUGACUUCGGGCUGAGGAACAUCUUGUCUGUGUUGAGGACGCUGGGCGCCGUGAAGAGGUCCGACCCGUCAGCACCGGAGCUGACGGUGGUCAUGAGGGUCCUGAGGGACAUGAACCUCUCCAAGCUGGUGGAUGAGGACGAGCCUCUGUUCCUGAGCCUGAUCAGCGAUCUGUUUCCCGGCAUCGCUCUGGACAGCGCCGGGUAUCCGGACCUGGAGGCCUCCAUCUCCGCUCAGGCCCGGCAGGCCGGUCUGAUCCCCCACCCGCCCUGGACCCUCAAACUGGUCCAGCUCUACGAGACCCAGAGGGUCCGGCACGGGAUGAUGGUGUUGGGUCCCAGCGGCGCCGGGAAGACGGCGUGCAUCCAGACCCUGAUGAGGGCGCUGUCGGAGGUCGGCUCGCCGCACCGCGAGAUGAGGAUGAACCCCAAAGCCGUCACGGCCGCGCAGAUGUUCGGCACGCUGGACGUCACCACCAACGACUGGACGGACGGCGUGUUCUCCACGCUGUGGAGGAGGACCCUGAAGGCCAAGAAGGGGGAAAACAUCUGGAUCGUCCUGGACGGGCCGGUUGACGCCAUCUGGAUCGAGAACCUGAACUCGGUUCUGGACGACAACAAAACUCUGACGCUGGCGAACGGGGACCGCAUCCCGAUGGCGCCCUGCUGCAAGAUCGUCUUUGAGCCCCACAACAUCGACAACGCGUCCCCGGCCACGGUGUCCAGGAACGGGAUGGUGUUCAUGAGCUCCUCGGUGCUGGGCUGGGGGCCCAUCCUGCAGGCCUGGGUCCAGCAGCUCCCCGAGCAGCAGGCCCGCGUCCUGCAGGCCUGCUUCAGCUGCUGCUACCAGGACCUGCUGGACUUUGUCUCCACGGCCGUGUCCCCGAAGAUGCAGGUGUUGGAGUGCAUGUACAUCCGGCAGACCAUCGACCUGCUGCAGGGUUUACUCCCAGCGGCGGAUGAGAAGUCGGACUCCGGCGCCGACGUGGGCCGACUGUUCGUGUUCGCCCUGAUGUGGUCCCUGGGGGCCCUGCUGGAGCUGGACGACAGGGCCAAGAUGGAGGUCUUCCUCAAGGGCCACAGCUCGUCUCUAGACCUGCCGCAGACUCAGGACGAGCAGACCAUCUUUGAGUUUGCGGUCAGCGAGCAGGGCCACUGGGAGCACUGGUCCCACCAGGUCCCGGACUACGUCUACCCCAAGGACCACGUCCCGGACUACUCGUCCAUCCUGGUCCCCAACGUGGACAACGUGAGGACGGACUUCCUGAUGCAGACCAUCAUGAAGCAGAAGAAGGCCGUGCUGCUGAUCGGCGAGCAGGGCACCGGCAAGACCGUCAUGAUCAAAGCCUACACCGGUAAGCUCGACCCGGAGCGCCACGUCAGUAAGACGGUGAACUUCUCGUCGGCCACGCUGCCCGCCAUGUUCCAGAGGACGGUGGAGAGCUACAUCGAUAAGCGGAUGGGCGCCACCUACGGGCCGCCGGCGGGCCGCCGCAUGACGGUGUUCAUCGACGACAUCAACAUGCCCGUCAUCAACGAAUGGGGGGACCAGAUAACCAAUGAGAUCGUCCGUCAGCUGAUGGAGCAGAGAGGCUUCUACAGCCUGGACCGGCCAGGAGAGUUCAUCACCGUGGUGGACCUCCAGCUGGUGGCGGCCAUGAUCCACCCGGGCGGCGGCCGCCACGACGUCCCCCAGCGCCUGAAGAGGCAGUUCUGCAUCUUCAACGUGUCGCUGCCCUCCAGCUGCUCCAUGGACAAGGUGUUCGGCACCGUGGCUCGGGGCCACUUCUGCCCGGAGAGAGGCUUCAGCGCCGCCGUCUGCCGGCUGGCCGCCGCCCUGGUGCCCACCGCCCGCCGGGUGUGGCAGGCCGUGAAGGCCAAGAUGUUACCGUCUCCGGCCAAGUUCCACUACGUCUUCAACCUCAGGGACCUGAGCCGGAUCUGGCAGGGCAUGCUGGCCGUGGGGCCGGAGGUGUGUCUAAGCUCCGCCCUCCUCGCCGCUCUCUUCCAUCAUGAAUGUUGCCGAGUCAUCGCCGACCGCUUCGUCGACGACGACGACCGAAGAACCUUCAACGCCAUCCUGGAGACGGUGACAGUGGAGGAUCAUGGGACAGCGCUCACUGAGCAUGCUCAGUGCGACGCCGGCUUCUUCGUGGACUUCCUGCGAGAAGCUCCGGAAGCGCCGGGCGACGAGCCGGACGGCGGCGAGCAGGAAGCGCCGAAGGUGUACGAGCCAAUCCCGUCGCUGGACGCCCUGGCGGAGCGGCUGUCUGUGUUCCAGCUGCAGUACAACGAGGCGGCGAGGGGCGGAGCCAUGGACCUGGUCUUCUUCAAGGACGCGAUGGCCCACCUGAUGCGCAUCUCCAGGAUCCUGAGGACGCCGCAGGGGAACGCCCUGCUGGUCGGGGUCGGGGGGUCGGGGAGGCGGAGCCUAACGAGGCUGGCGUCGUUCAUUGCAGGAUACCAGACCUUCCAGAUCACACUGACCAGGUCCUACAGCUGCAGUAACCUGCUGGAGGACCUGAAGACUCUGUACCGGAUGGCGGGUCAACAGGGGAGAGGAGUCACCUUCAUCUUCACUGACAACGACAUCAAGGACGAAGCCUUCCUGGAGUACCUGAACAACGUGCUGGCGAGCGGCGAGGUGUCCAACCUGUUUGCCCGUGACGAGCUGGACGACAUCGCUCAGGACCUGGUCCCCGUCAUGAAGCGGGACCACCCCCGCCGACCCCCGACCUCUGAGAACCUGUACGAGUACUUCCUGUCCAGGGUGCGGCGCCACCUGCACGUGGUGCUGUGCUUCUCGCCCGUCGGGGGGAAGUUCCGGUCUCGAGCGCUGAAGUUCCCGGGCCUGAUCUCGGGCUGCACCGUGGACUGGUUCCAGCGCUGGCCCCGGGACGCCCUGGUGGCCGUGUCGCAUCACUUCCUGUCCCGGCACCGGGACCUGCGCUGCUCGGAGCAGGUGAAGCGGAGCGUGGUGGUUACCAUGGGAACCUUCCAGGACCUCGUGGCGGAGAAGUGCGCCGAGUACUUCGAGCGCUUCCGCCGUCAGACGUCCGUGACGCCGCGGUCGUACCUGUCCUUCAUCGACAGCUACAUGGUCAUCUACGCCGAGCGCGUGGCGCACGUCGGCACGCUGGCCGAGCGCAUGAAGACAGGUCUGUGUAAGCUGAUGGAGGCGGAGCAGUCGGUGUCUCAGCUCUCAGAGGAGCUGGUCCUGAAGGAGCAGGAGCUCGCCGUCGCCUCCCGGAGGGCAGACGACGUCCUGCAGGAGGUCACGGCGAAGGCUCAGGCGGCGGAGAAGGUGCAGCAGCAGGUGCAGCAGGUGAAGGACCGAGCUCAGCUCAUCGUGGACCAGAUCGAAGACGACAAACGAUCAGCUGAGUCCAAACUGGAGGCUGCAGGGCCCACGAUGGCGGCAGCAGAGGCUGCACUACAGACCAUCAAGCCGGCCGACAUCUCCACGGUGAGGAAGCUCCAGAAGCCCCCCCCCCUGAUCAUGAGGAUCAUGGACGUGGUGCUGCUGCUGUUCCAGAGGAAGGUCGACACGGUGACCUCUGACCCCGAGCGACCUUGCCCUCGACCUUCGUGGCCCGAGGCCAUGAAGCUGAUGCAGAACUCUGGCUUCCUGAGCAUGCUGCUGCACUUCAACAAGGACUCCAUCACGGAGGAGGUGGUGGAGCUGCUGGCUCCGUACCUGGACAUGGAGGACUACCACCUGGACUCGGCCAAGAGGAUCUGUGGCAACGUGGCCGGCCUGUGCUCCUGGACCCGGGCCAUGGCCGACUUCUUCUCCAUCAACAAGGAGGUGCUGCCUCUGAAGGCUAACCUCGCCCUGCAGGAAGCUCGUCUCCUCGUGGCUCAGACUGAACUCUCUAAGGCUCAAGAACAACUAGAUGAGAAGCAGCAGGAGCUGGACGCAGUGCAGGCUCUUUACGACUCGGCCAUGAAGGAGAAGCAGGACCUGGAGGACGACGCCCACAGCUGCCGCCACAAGAUGACCACGGCUAGCGCUCUGAUCCAUGGGCUGGGGGGGGAGAAGGUGCGCUGGACCGACAGCAGCGCUGCGCUCCAGACUCAGACGCACCACCUGGUGGGCGACGUGCUCCUCUCCUCCGGCUUCCUGUCCUACGCCGGCCCCUUCAACCAGGAGUACCGCCUCCUGCUGCUGCAGCUGUGGAGGAGAGAGAUGGAGGAGCAGCGCAUCCCCUUCAGCCCCGACUUGGACGUGAUUGGUCUGCUGGUGGACGGUGCCACGGUGAGCGAGUGGAGCCUUCAGGGUCUACCCAGCGACGACCUGUCUGUGCAGAACGGCGUCGUGGUGACCAAGUCGUCCCGCUACCCGCUGCUCAUCGACCCCCAGGGCCAGGGCAAGACCUGGAUUAAGAACAGGGAGGGAGACCAGCUGCAGGUGACGUCUCUGAACCACAAGUACUUCCGGUCCCACCUGGAGGACAGUCUGUCUCUGGGGCGCCCCCUGCUGCUGGAGGACGUGGGGGAAGACCUGGACCCGGUCCUGGACAACAUACUGGAUAAGAACUACAUCAAGUCUGGAUCAACUUAUAAGGUGAAGGUGGGGGACAAGGAGGUGGACGUGAUGGAGGGCUUCAGCCUCUACGUCACCACCAAGCUGGCCAACCCGGCCUUCAGCCCCGAGGUCAGCGCCCGGACGGCCGUGGUGGACUUCACCGUCACCCGGCGCGGCCUCGAGGACCAGCUGCUGGGCCGGGUCAUCCUGCUGGAGAAGCAGGAGCUGGAGGGGGAGCGAGUGAAGCUCUUGGAGGAGGUGACGUCCAACAAGAGGAAGAUGCAGGAGCUGGAGGACAGUCUGCUGUUCAGGCUGACCAGCACCCAGGGGUCCUUAGUGGAGGACCAGUCUUUGGUUGAAGUCCUGAGGGUCACCAAGACUACAGCUCAGGAGGUGAGUGAGAAGCUGUCUGUUGCAGCGGAGACGGAGCUGAAGAUCAACCAGGCCAGGGAGGAGUACCGGCCGGUAGCCACCAGGGGGAGCAUCCUCUACUUCCUGAUCAUGGAGAUGUCGCUGGUCAACGUCAUGUACCAGACGUCUUUGCGGCAGUUCCUGGGGCUCUUCGACUCGUCCAUGCAGAACUCUGCCAAGACGCAGCUCACCUCCAAACGGAUCGGCAACAUCAUCCACUUCCUCACCUUCCAGGUGUACUGCUACACGGCCAGGAGUCUGUAUGAGAAGCACAAGCUGCUGUUCACUCUGCUGUUGGCUCUGAAGAUCGACCUGCAGGCCGGACGCAUCUCGCACCCCGAGGUGCUCACCUUCCUCAAAGGUGGAGCUUCUCUGGAUCUGAACUCUGUAGAAUCCAAACCGCGACGCUGGAUCCUGGACCAGACCUGGCUCAACCUGGUGCAGCUGUCCAGCCUGCCCCCCUUCAGCCAGAUCCUGACCCAGGUGAGCCAGAACGAGCGCUCCUGGAGGACGUGGUUCGACCACCCGGUGCCGGAGGACUCCCCGCUGCCCGACGGCUACGAGGAGAAGCUCGACACCUUCAGGAAGCUCCUGCUCAUCCGGAGCUGGUGUCCCGACCGGACCACCGCUCAGGCGCGGCGCUACAUCGGGGCCUCUCUGGGCGGGGCCUAUGUGGCGGCUCGGCUGCUGGACCUGGACGCCAUGCUGCUGGAGAGCGACAGCCGCACGCCGCUCGUCUGCCUGCUGUCGAUGGGCUCCGACCCCACGGAGAACAUCGAGCGCCUGGCCAAGAGCAAGGGGGCGCCGUGCCGUCCCAUCUCCAUGGGGCAGGGCCAGGAGGUGCACGCCCGCCGGCUGCUGGCCAGCAGCAUGGCGGAUGGCGGCUGGCUCCUCCUCCAGAACUGCCACCUGGGGCUGGACUUCCUGGACGAGCUGCUGGACUCGCUGGGCGGCGCGCCGCCGGAUGGCGUGCACCGAGGGUUCCGGGCCUGGCUGACCACCGACGUGCACCCCGGGUUCCCCAUCACCUUCCUUCAGUCCUCGAUCAAGUUCACCAACGAGCCUCCUCUAGGGAUGAAGGCCGGUCUGAAGAGGACCUUCAGUGGGCUGACCCAGGACCAGCUGGAGGUCAGCUCCCUGCCUCAGUGGAGGCCUCUGCUGUUCGCUGUGGCCUUCCUGCACACCACCGUCCAGGAGCGGCGUAAGUUCGGCCCUCUGGGCUGGAACAUCCCGUAUGAGUUCAACCAGGCUGACUUCACGUCCAGCAUGCAGUUUGUCCAGAACCACCUGGAGGCCCUGGACCCCAGGAGGGGGGUCAACUGGAGCUGCCUGCGCUACAUGCUGGGUGAGGUCCAGUACGGCGGGCGCGUGACGGACGACCUGGACAAGCGUCUCCUGAAGACCUUCACGGAGGUGUGGUUCAGCGAGGACACCUUGAGGGACGCCUUCUGCUUCCACCGGGGCUACGGGGGGGCCCCCAAGACCAGCAGCCUGCAGGGGCUCCUGCUGCACAUCGAGGGCCUGCCCCCUGUGGACUCCCCUGAGGUGUUCGGGCUCCACCCCAACGCUGACAU